AUGAUUUUAACAGUGUCCGGCAAGAAAGUUAAAGAUUUUGAAUCAGCUUUCCUAUCAGAAAUAGUACAAAAGGAUGCAUUUAACCUGUCAGAUGUACAAAAUAUUAAUCUACAACCAUUUUUUAUUUUAAAACCUUUACGGCGUUUAAACCAGCUUGAUCAAGAAGGCCUAUAUGCUUCAAACGCCAAUAACAACAUGUAUCCACGAGUUAUCACGAAACAGAAAAAUGAUGAAGAUUUAAUAAGUUCAUUUGAAUCCUGCGAUAAUAAAGUUUUUUUAAACCAAGUAUUGAUUUGUAAGCAUUUACUUUUAGAUCAAUCUUUCUUCCAUGUUAUCAUUGACGACCAGACUUUACCUCCAAAUGUGACUAUAACCAUAGACUUUAAUGUCACAAAGGUACACAUCACAGAUAAUAAAGAUUUAAUGAUGGUUGAUUUUGAUGACGAUGGAAGACUCCUUGUCUGUAUUGAUUUGAUGGAUAGGAAAUUAAAGGAAUGGAAAGAAAGAGAUCCAGACAUUGACCAACGUUGCAAGGAGACACAGUGUUUUGUUGAAAACAUUUUAACGUGGGUCUGUUUCAUUAUUUCCAUUGUAUGCCUUCUAAUGACCUUGUUGACAUACUGCAUGUUUUCAGCCCUGAGAAUGAAGGCUGGUGUAAACAACAUGUUUCUCAGCUUCAGUCUUCUCUUGGCCCAAGUCUCUCUGAUGUUCAGCGCUUACACUUCUGCUCCCGGCAUUCCUUGUAAAAUCAUUGGUGUCCUGACUCAUUUCCUGUGGCUUUGGAACUUCUCAUGGAACUUCCUCUGUACCUUUCACAUGUUUCGAGUUUUCACUGCCGGACCCAGAAUGAACAAUGAACGAAAUAUGACACGUGAGACCUGGAAGUGGUUGAGUGUGUCGUUAGCUUUGCCAUUGUCUGUUGUCAGUUCAGUUAUAACAUAUAACACCUUCAAAUCACAAGGGAGAGAAUUAGGAUAUGGAAAUGUUCAAUGUUAUUUAGACUCUCCGUUUUUCAUUGUUUCUCACAACCUUCAGUUUCUCACAACCUUGAGUUUCCCACAACCUUCAGUUUCCCACAACCUUCAGUUUCCCACAACCUUCAGUUUCUCACAACCUUCAGUUUCUCACACCCUUCAGUUUCCCACAACCUUCAGUUUCCCACACCCUUCAGUUUCCCACAACCUUCAGUUCCUCACAACCUUCAUUUUGAGGGAAAAACAGUUUCUUACAACUAAACAGUGGCUUAGCUCCAAACUCAAAGUCCCACUCAGCCCCUAA